AUGUUUUUAUCUGGAUGUCCAAUUCUUGAGGAAUUAUACAUAUCCAUUGUGCCAUUUGAUUCUGAUGAAUCUCUAACAUGUAUCGAGUGGAAGAACUUUUGCUUGAGUAACUUGACCAGAGCUGCUAUUCAUUGCAUUUCUACUUAUUUUCCAUUAAAAGCUGUUAACAACACACCUUCUCUGCGCCUUGAACUCAACCAGGUGAAUUACCAUGGUUUGAUUCCUACUUUUCAUAAUUUGACCCAACUCGAGCUUAUUUUUAUUGAAUAUAGUUGUCAAUUCUUAGUUGAAGUUCUCAAUCACUGCCCUAAACUUCAAAAGCUUGACCUUUGCCAGGACGAAAUAUGGAAUAGAAAAAAGGAUAGAGAAAAUUGGGUAGAUCCGGAUGUUGUUCCGCAAUGCCUUUCAUUACACCUUAGAAGUUGCAAUAUUUUCAACUUCUAUGGCCUACAAGAUGAACUAAUGUUAGCAAGUUAUAUGUUGAAGAGUGCAAGCAUUUUACAAACCAUGAAAAUUUGGUGCCCAGUUCCUAUAUCAUUGCUAAUUAGUUUCUACCAUGCAAUUGCUAGAUUUAGUGAUCCUUUGGCAGAAUAG